AUGCAGGGCCCCACCGCGGCGCUGCUCCUGAGGGCAGGGGAGCUGGGGGCCGCAAAGCAGGACUCCACCGCCUGGUUUCGCCAGGAGGGGGGUCCCGUGUGCAGCUGGCCACGGAAGCCGCAGCUGCUCGAGGGCCGCGCCACUUCCCCCGCCCUAUGGCCCAGGGCGCGCCACUCCGAGUUCCGGCUUCCAGAGGAGGCUCCGGCAAACGGCCAAGACUGGGUCUGCAGUCCAGCCUCAGCGCACCGCCUAGACUGCGCCCUCCAGCCCUCGGCCCACGACAGCCACGCCCAGGGCGCCGAGGAUCCCCGCCCCGCUGGGCCCUCGCCUUCCCCGGCCCAGGAGCACGCCCCGCCCCAGGACGGUUCUCUUGUCCUUUGGCGAGGAUUCUCCAAGGCGUCUCAACACAUGGGCCGGCUCAGAAACGCGAAGAUCCACGUGGAGAGAGCUGUCAAGCAGAAGAAGAUCUUUAUGAUCCAAGGUCGCUACCCUGUGAUCCGGUGCCUCUUGCGCCAAAGGGGCUGGGUGGAGAAGAAGAUGGUCCAUCACUUGGGUACCACUUUGCCACAACCGCAUAAGGAUCUGGACAGCUCAGUAAUGGGUGACAGUGACACGACUGAGGAUGAGGAUGAAGAUGAGGAGGAGGCAUUCCGGCCACCACAGCUGUUUGACUUCGAUGAGUUAUUGGAAUUUGAUGACCUACAUGGGACACAUGCUCUGAUGUCACGUAUGGUUCGGAACGAGAUCCCCUACUUCAUCUGGACUACUCGUCGGGACAUCCUGGACUGUCGCUUCCUCUCCAAGGAUCAGAUGAUAAACCACUAUGCUCGGGCAGGCUCCUUUACCACAAAGGUGGGUCUGUGUCUCAAUCUCCGGAAUUUGCCAUGGUUUGAUGAGGCUGAUGCCGACUCCUUCUUCCCACGCUGCUACCGCCUGGGGGCUGAGGAUGACAAAAAGGCCUUCAUAGAGGACUUCUGGCUGACAGCUGCCCGCAACGUUCUCAAGCUGGUGGUAAAGUGCGAGUGGAAGUCAAACUCUGUCGAAGAAGAAGAGGCCCCAAGAGACAAGCAGCCGAAGAAACAGGAGAAAAAGCCAGCGUCGGUGUCCCCAGAGUUUGUGGAUGCGGCUCUGUGUGCCUGCGAGGAGCACCUUAACAACCUGGCGCAUAUGGACAUCGACAAGGACGUGGAGACCCCGCUCUACCUGAGCCCCGAGGGCUGGUCCCUCUUUCUCCAGCGCUACUACCAAGUGGUCCACGAGGGGGCAGAACUCAGGUACCUCGACACUCAGGUCCAGCACUGUGAGGACAUCCUGCAGCAGCUGCGGGCUGUGGUGCCCCAGAUGGACAUGGAAGGAGAUCGCAACAUCUGGAUCGUGAAGCCAGGAGCCAAGUCCCGUGGACGAGGUAUCAUGUGCAUGGACCACCUGGAGGAAAUGCUGAAGCUGGUGGACUGCAACCCCAUGAUGAUGAAGGACGGCAAGUGGGUGGUGCAGAAGUAUAUCGAGCGGCCCUUGCUCAUCUUUGGCACCAAAUUUGAUCUGAGACAGUGGUUCCUGGUGACCGACUGGAACCCACUUACUGUGUGGUUCUACCGUGACAGCUACAUCCGCUUCUCCACACAGCCCUUCUCCCUGAAGAACCUGGACAACUCUGUGCACCUGUGCAACAACUCCAUCCAGAAGCACCUGGAGAAUUCAUGCCACCGGCACCCUCUGCUGCCCACAGACAACAUGUGGUCAAGCCAGAAAUUCCAGGCCCACCUGCAGGAGACGGGGGCCCCGAACACCUGGUCCACGGUCAUGGUGCCCGGCAUGAAGGCCGCAGUGAUCCACGCCCUGCAGACCUCCCAGGACACCGUGCAGUGUCGGAAGUCCAGCUUCGAGCUCUAUGGCGCUGACUUUGUGUUCGGUGAGGACUUCCAGCCCUGGCUGAUCGAGAUCAAUGCCAGCCCCACCAUGGCACCCUCCACGGCUGUCACCGCCAGGCUCUGCGCCGGCGUGCAGGCUGACACCCUGCGUGUGGUCAUCGACCGGCGACUGGACCGCAACUGUGACACAGGGGCCUUCGAGCUCAUCUACAAGCAGCCUGCCGUGGAGGUGCCCCAGUAUGUGGGUAUCCGGCUUCUAGUAGAGGGCUCCACCAUCAAGAAGCCCCUGGCGCUGUGUCACCGGCGGAUGGUGGUCCGCCCAGCCCUCCCUCACCUACUGGCCCCGAGAGGCCCUGGGGAAAGCAAGGCCUCAGGAAGCCCCGUCCACAGGUCAGCUCCUAGGAAAGGUGCUGGGGCCAGAAGCCUGGGGCACACUGAGAAGCCAGAUUCCACUGCCACCACCUCAGCCCCUGGAAAGGGGAAGAAAGGCAAGGCGAGAACCCCUUACCACUUCCCAAGCCUCCACAGCAAGGCCCAGCUGCCUUUUCCCCAUGUGCCCUGGCCCCAGGGGCAGGUCCUCAGACUACAGCACAGCAAGCUGGCGGGCACUAAGGCCCUGUCGACCACAGACAAGGCCUUGAUGACUCUACCAACCGCCAAGGUUUUGAUUUCCCUCCCACCUAACCCUGAGCUCAAGCUGGCACCCAACGCCCCGAAACCAAAAAAGGCUCUUGCUCCCCAGCGCCUUCAUGGUCCCCACUUUGGAAGUAAUGUGUGGUCUCAACCCUUUGAAGACGGAACUCUUCCUAGCAUCUAUAGGAAGAGCAAGAUCAAAGGCAAAUGCAAGGCCAGACUCUGUGACAGACCAAAGGCCGAGACACACCUCAUGACGACACAGAGCCUUCCAGGACCCCUGGCCCUUAUCACAGAGCGGGGUUUGGAGGGCACAAAGGACACGUGGCCACAGAAGCACUUGCUUCCAUCAUCACCGCCCUUACCCUGGAUGCAACGCCAAAUAAAAAAGAGCAAAUGA